GUGUUGUUGGAUCUGUAGUCACUGACAUAUUUAUGUAAAUAAAUACGAAGCUUUUAACCUAAAUGAACGUGAAUAAAUUUCGUACUUUUAUAAACAAUAUGUAAAAGAAUCAUUAUUAAUCACAUGUGUACAAUAUAACAAACGAAUACUAAUGAAUUAAUGACAUUUUUGAAAUGUUAAUGAACGUGAAAAAUAAAAUAGUAUAAUGUAUUUCUUACAUGAAAUUGUAAAUAAAACAAGGAAGGAGGAGAAAUGCAAAUAUAAAUAGAGAAUACAAAUAUUUCAUAAUUGUUGUGUUUUAUAAGUAAAAGUUAUUUGAUAGUUUAAAAUGUCAGUGCAUCGAUAGCUUUUAAUUUCAAUUAACAAAAUGUUAUUUUUCAAUAAAUUUAUCAGUAUUUUGCACUGUAAAUCUCUUUAACAACAAUGCUUAGUAUGUGGCAUCAACAGGUAUUUGCUCUUGAUGCUAAAUACAAUGCACAGCGAGUAAAUAAAUUGCCCACUUUAGGAAUGCUGUAUAUUCGUCGCAGAAAUCAAUUAUUAAAAGAAAAAUUCAGUAAGGAUCCAACAAUUAGAGAAAAUUAUUUAAAACUUAGAUCAAAGUUAUUAUUUUUAAGAUACGGAGAAAAUUUGGAACAAAAUAGUCUUAGCAGUCACACAACAGAGGAAGAAAAGUCAGAGAUUAAAAUAAAAUUGCACAAUGUACAAAGAAAAUCAACAGCAGAAAGUUUUGCUUUUGAAGGAGUACAUCAUGUUUUUGAUCAACAUAAUGCACCUGUAACAAUGCUUAAGUUUGCAAAUAAUGAUAGGUCUAAAUUAUGUUGCGCGUCAUUGGAUGGAUCGCUAUCAAUAUGCGAUGCUAUCGGUACACCUCCAAAAGUAAUAGCUUUAUUGGAAGGUCAUAAAAAAGGUGUUACUGCGUUUGACUGGAGUAUCAGUAAUGAUCUCAUAGUGUCGUCUUCUUUGGAUUGUACAAUAAGACUUUGGAAUGUUUCAAACCCAGAAACUGGUCCGAAUUGUUUAAGAACAGUUAACGAUCAACAAAGAGCAGAAGUUCUAUGCUGCGGAUUUAUACCCAUAAAUAAUAAUUUAGUCGUUGCGGGUAAUUCGCAAGGACUAGUACAGAUCUUAAAUAUAUCUACUGGUAUAUACACUCGUGGUGGUACUUGUAAAAUUGGAGGCAAAAUUUUGUCAUUAACUUGUGAAGGUAGUGGCGGUCUAGUGAUAUGGGCUGGAAAUGAUAGAGGAAUUAUUAUGUCGUUUCAAUUGGAACCAGGGAUGGGACGAUUAACGAAGUUACGGAGAGUACAAGAAAUCGGUGGAAUGAUAACUAGUCUUUCCUGGCGUUCAUGGCUUUCAAAGGAUAAUCCAUGGCCAGCACUUUUAGUGAGCAGCGCCUGUAAUGUAGUACUGCUCUAUCACAUUAUUGAUAACCAUGGUUCUUUAUCUCUUUGGACAAAGUACCCGAUAAAACAUAAACAGCGCUUUGUGAGAUCUACUUUCUGUCCACAAAUGGAAACAUGUUUGAUAGCUACAGGUUCUGAAGAUGGUACAAUACAUUUAUUAGAUUCUGCAAGAGAAGGCAUGGCAGCAAAGAUUAAUAGACUUCAAGGUCAUGCAACAUCAACGCUUGCUCUGUCUUUUAAUUAUGACGAAUCUCUUCUUGCAUCUGCGGACUAUCAAGGACUUAUUAUUUUAUGGCGUAAUCGUGAACGUCAUAUAUAAAAGAAAUAAAGUAAUAUAGAAAAUAGUUUUAUAAAAAUAAUUGUUCUAAAUUUUAAAUAAAUUAAUUACUCUUAAA